AUGCUACGUCUGCUGCUCUUUCACCAUUUCGCUCCUCAUGCGAAUUCGUUGAGCAGGCGUGCGGCGUGCCUAAGCCUCUCCUCCAUACGUCCCCUCUCUGCGCCUUUCCCCACCACUCUGCACCUCGCUGCACGGCUCUGCACUUUGUCUCUCCUCCCCAGCGUGCCGGCCUUCACAGCGGAAGCAUUGGAAUCGCAUCUGAACCAGCAGGGUAAACAGUUACCUUUGAGGGUCAAGCGCCCGUACGAGAAAGGAUUGUCAAAGGCGGUGUUCGAUGCGGUGGAGAGCGGUGCGCUGGAGGAGGGGACCAGGGGCCCACACACCAAGACAUUCUACCACCUGCGGGUUAAAGACAACGAGGCGGAUAUGACAUACAAGCUGAUUUGCGCUCCUCACCCUGAUGGUACAAGGCUUAUCCUCACUAAGGUCAAGUGCCACUCAACGCGCUAUGCACUCAUCGACGUGGCUCGUCCUGUCAACGCUGUUGACUUUCGCUUCUUUCUCAGAAAGGAAUCCCGGGAGCAGAGGGAGCAGAGGGGCGUAGAUAGGCUCGGCAACAGGAGAGGCUCGGCGCCGAGGCUGCUAGGCGUGUACAGGAGGCACGGGAGGGAGGACCGGCACCGGCUGGAGGAGCUGACAGAGAAUCUGGAGGAUGGGGAAAGCACACUUUCUGGUAUCACUAUUGAUGUUCCCCCCGGCGGAGAUGACUAUAACGAAGGGGACUACAGUGCUGAGAAUGCUGGUGGUAGCAACAGCGGCAGUAUGGGGUAUACCGGGGCAGGGACGGUGAGCUACGGAGCAGGUUUGAGGCGUUUUCCAUCGGGAUUGGAAGGAAUGGAAGGGGUUGGAUCAGGGGGGGUUGGGUUUGAAGGGGUGGUGAGCGGUGGAGCGGGGCGGGUGGAGGAGGAGGAGGUGGAGGCGGAGUUGCUAGCGAUGGAGGCAGCGGUUGAGUAUAAUGUGAGGGUGGUGACGUGUCAGGGGUCCCCUGUGCGCUGGCACAACUGCCACGUGUGCGUGCGGCCCAAUGCGGUGCUGCUGGAUGCAGCUGGGUGCAUAGUGGUGGAUGGGAGGGAGCUGCGGGCACGAGAUGGCAGUCCGGUGGUGUUGGAGGAGCAAGGAGAGAGCCUCAUUCACGCCCUCAUCGACUUUUCCCCUCCUCUGGUCCACCUCUCCUUCAUCCACGCAUUUCUUGACCUUGACCCGCGGGCUGUGGUGCUGCAAGAAACGGCAGUGAGGGUGAACCGAUGGUUGAGUGACCGCCAGAACCAGCACGAGGUCGUUGCGCAGUUCCUCACAUGUGAUCGCCGGCUGUAA